UACGAUGAUGCACACGGGAGACUAUGCAGGAGCGCCACCGCCUCCACCACCUAAUAUGGCCGUCACCGAAGGAAGCUCAAACGAGCAUAAACGUAAACGACUGACUCAAGCUUGCGAUAUGUGUCGGAAGAAGAAAGUAAGAACAAAACCACAUCGCUUGGUGCCCAUGCCAAUGCACGGGCAUUCUUUUCUAGAUCCACGGCAAAAUGGGAACUUAUGAUUUGAUCUGGCUUUUUCGUAGAUCAAAUGUGAUGGUGGCCGACCUUCGUGCAAGAAUUGUGUCAAACUGAAUCGGGAGUGUACGUAUAUUCCCAGUACCAAGAAACGAGGGCCACGGCAGGGCUACAUUGAAAUGUUAGAAAAACGGCUUGAUAAAAUGGAAAAGAUACUUUAUCCCGGAGGCAAGGAUGAAAAAGUGGCGCUUUCACCCACUUCUUCAACUUCAGACGAUCGACGUACUACCAUGACCACGAGCACAGCCAGUGACUCUGUACGACCUGAAUUCGCCGCCUCGUCCGCCCCUUCCCAUCCCACUGCCUCACCCAUUAAAAUGGAAGCGUCACCUAUACCGAACGAUCAACAAGUGCUUCCUCCAGGGGACGUCAUCGAACACCUUGUCACCUUGUUUUUCGACAAUGUUUACACAACUAUCCCCGUGCUGGACCCACGCACGUUUAUGCAAGACGUUCGUCAAGGCAAAUGCUCCGAAUUCUUAUUGCUUAGCGUCAUGUCCGUCGCCGCCCGGUUUUCCAGUCGUCCGGAUAUUAAAGAAACUCCUGCGUGGCAUGCCGGUGAAAAAUAUGCCAAAAAAGCUCGAGAUUUACACGUUGUCAAAGCCAUCGAUGAUCCCUCCUUAGCCAACGUUCAAGCCUUGUUACUGCUUACACUUCACGAAUUCGGCUGUGCCAGAGGUCCAAGGUAAAGCUUCUUUUGUUUUGUUGCCGGGAACUGAACCUUUUUGUGAUAUUGAUUCCCUUUGUUUGCGACGUUGAU